UUAAUUCGCCAUACUUAGUCUUUCGUUCAAAUGAUUAUUAUAUUUACAGGACCUAUGUAAAAAUUAUUGAACGGGUUUUUUACCAGCCAUUUGAUAUUAAAUCAUACGAUUUUCCAGUACAGAUAUGUCAGACAAUCCUCCUCCACCUUACACAUAUAAUCAGCCAGGUCAGCCAGGGGGAUAUGGUCAACCUGUCCAACCAGUUGGACAUUCCAGCAAUGUUGUUGUAGUGACUCAGCCUUCAGCUGGCAUGACUGCAACAGCUGGAUCAUGUAGACAUUGUGGGAUUGGCUAUCCAAAAACAUCCUUUACGAUAUUUGGUAUUAUACUGGCCAUCCUCUUUUUCCCUAUGGGCGUAAUUUGUUGCUUAUUGCUGACAGAAAAAAGGUGCACACAUUGUGGUGCAGGACUUUAAAAUCACUACAUUAUGUUUUAUAUGCAGGUUUAUACCUGAGAAAAAGAGAUUAUCUUAAAAUAAACAGAAUACAUAUCUUAUCAAGAUUAUUUAUAAAACGGAAAAAGACAAAAAUUUUACAUUUCAUUGUCAACUUCAUUGUGAUGUCUGGGUGUUAAUUAAUGUAGUUGUUUUUUUUUCUUCCCCAAACUGUAUCUUAAGCUAAAAUAUAUAGUUUGAGAAAGUCUUGUUAUUUUCCCCUGCAUUCUUAGAUUUUUAGCUGGUUCUAAUUAGAAAAGACAAAUGCUGUCCAAAAAUAUUGCAGAUUUUAAAAAUCAUUCUACAAAAAUAAAUCAUAUUUUUUUUUUGUAAAAAAAGAAGCCUUUUUGGUUUUAUGAAUAAAAAAAAUGUUUUCGAUAGUUUAUCUCUCAUAUAACAGUUUUAAAUGAGAUUUGUUUAAUUCAAUCCUACUUUACUCAAUGGAAAGAUCAUAGACCAUUAAAAGUUUUUGAAAUAUUUAUCAAAAAGUUUUUGAAAAAUUAUUUGUUAAAAAAAACUAUUUUUAUACAUGUACUUUUUUAUUACUUUUUUUUUCACAAAAUUUACUAAAGGCAUCAAAAUUGUAUUUGCUGUUUGCAUGCAUGACAUUUUGUAGAUGAUUUUUCACUCUUUUUUUAAUCUUUAUUUAUAAAUCACAAACUGGGGUCAAUGUUAAGUUUAAAAAAUCAAUCUAGGUAGUUUAUGAUGUAUUGUACAUAAAUAUUAAACACUGUAUUCACACAACUAUGUCACUUAAUCUGGUGGAAACAUGAAUUAAACUUUUCAUUUAUGAUUGGUAAUGUCAUUUCCUUUUGUGUUAUUUUGAAUAAGAUAUUUCUUUUCAGUUACUGUUCGUUUGAAUGUGAUAUAAGAUACGCAUGUAUGUCAUAAAGCUUUUAGAAUAAAUAUGGUAAAUU